AACACUUGUCAUCCACACCCGACUCAUGCCGCCCACCUAGAUGCGCAGACAGCCCCAUGAACCCCCACCGCAGCCGACGCCGUACUCCGUCUUCAUCCUGUACCUCUCGACGCUCUUCUACGGCAUCAUGGGCGUGCUCUCUCAACUCGCGGGGCUCAACCUCGCGACCAGCCCAGACAAGCAGGCGAUCCCCCUCCAGACACUACAUGAACCGGGGGACAACUACCCCGGCAUGGUGAACCCGAACGGCGUGCUGUGCUUCCUCAACUCUGUCAUCCAGAGCCUGGCGUCGCUGCCGACUGUCAUCGGGCACCUCGACGAGGUCGUCGACCUCGCAACCGAAGUCGACAUCCCUACACCAAUCACCGACGAGCUCAGCACGACAAUCACAGAGCUCAACACCGGCACCGCGCGGCGCACGCGUGUGCUCUACCCCACUGCGCUGUGUCGCGCGUUCCUCCCAGUCCAGAGCUUAAAGUACCUCGUUACGUCCGGGCAGCAGCAGGACGCGCACGAGCUGUACACCAACCUGGCCGCCGCUGUCGGCGACGAGGCGCUCAAGGUCGGCCAGGAGGCCGCGCGGACACCAGGCCUAGGCGAAGUGCUCGAUCUCGUCGUGCAGAACAAGAGCGGCGUCGCGGUCGCUGCCGCUUCCCCACCCCCAUCACCAGACUUCCCGUUCCCGUACAAGGUCCCCCGUGGCCCCGCGCCCAGCAGCCAGGUGCUCGAGCAGCCGUGGAACGGCCUGCUGGCCCGCCGGCGCAAGUGCCAGCGGUGCGGAUACGACACGCCCGUGCUCAUGGACAUUAUCACCGGCUUGGACCUGCCAAUACCGGGGAGAAGUAACGCGGCCAGCCUCGACGCAUGCGUCCAGGCAUAUCUUGCCCCAGAAGCCAUCCCCGGCGUAAACUGCGACAUGUGCACCCUGGUCGCGACCGAGAAGGUGUACCGGCAUCUUGCGUCGGCGCCGGCGGCAGUGUCGACAUCCGAGCCAUCGCCAAAGGGCAAGAAGAAGCGGCACGACAAGGAGAAGCGCGACAAGGAGAAGCAGGAGAGCGAGCCCAAGCCGAAGGACAGGGCCGCGCUCAUCGCCACGGCCGUCCGUCUCGCGACCAUGGUGCGCGCGGGCGUGCCCGUCGUCGACGUGCCAGGGGACGGCGUCGACUGGGUCAAGGUGCAGACGGAUAGCGUGCGGCGUACGGCGGUGGUGCGCGCGCCCAAGAUGCUCCAACUGCACUUUAUCCGCUCCGAUCUCAUCUCGUGGCCGCCGCAGAAGAAGGACACGCGGAUCGUGUUCCCGCUCGUGUUUGAUUUCGGCAAGCACAUGGCGCGCGGCGUCGACCCCACGUCCCCGGGCACGCCGCCCCCGCAGGCGCUGUACCAGCUGCGCUCGGUCGUGCUGCACCGCGGCGCCAACCACAACUCGGGACACUACACGUCUAUCCGGAGAAAGCCCAACGCGCCCUACGGCGUCCCGGGGCGCGGGUGGCUCUGGCUCGACGACACCACGGCAACAGAGUACGGCGACGACGUGUUCCAGCUCCCGCACGUCCAGAUGCAGGUCACCAUGCUGUUCUACGAGCGGCUGGAUGGAGUCGUCGUCCCGCCCGCCGUGUUCGGCAACGGCGGCGUGCAGCAGAGCAACGGCGGCGACGCGCCGCUCCCCCCGCUGCCCACGGGCGACGUCGACUCGGACGACGACACAGAGGAGUCGUCUGAAGAGGCCUUCAACUAUGAUAGACGGUGAGAGCGGCGACGGCGACGCGACUGUAGCAGGCGGCGAGUGUACCGCACCAGCAUAGCAUAGCA